CUUCUAAAAGGAUCGGCUGACGCUUUUUCCUGGCGGGCCGAUCGGAAUUGUUUUGUGUAAUCGAAGCUAAAAACAGGCAAAUAUUCAUACGUGUUUGAUGUGCGAAUUUGUUUUUCUUGCUAAUAAUCACGCAGGAUUGGACACGCAUGUGAUUGAGAAACGACAGAGGAUAGACCAAAACCCUGACAUUUAAAUGAAGAGAAACGUCUGAUCGAUUAAUGUGCGAACUGGCGGUAGUUUAGUGGCGCUAAGUGAAGCUGCCUUACUGGUGAGGAGAACGAAAAUGAGCUCCUCGCGGGAGAUCAAGCAGCUGCAGAAAGCUAAAAGUAAAGCUCAAGCUAGCAACAACCUAAAAGAAGAAGCCAACAUCUGCAACCAGCUGGGAGAGCUGCUGUCCAGGAAUGUUUUUCCAUAUGUUGUAGGUGAUUAUGAGGCAGCCAUCAGAGAACAUCAGCAGGAGCUGUCUCUGUCCGAGAGCUUGGAUGAUGUGAUCGGACGAGCUGUGGCAAACCGCAAGAUAGGAGAAUGCUAUGCAGAGAUGGGGAACAUCAAAGCUGCUCUGAAACAUCAGCAGUGUCAUCUGGACUUGGCUCACUCUGUAGGCGAUCACGCUGAGGUGCAACGAGCUCUAGCCACCAUCGGUCGAACCUACCUCUUUCGUUAUGAAUCCGACCAAUCCAAGAGCAGCUUGAAGAAGGCAGAGGAUGCUUUCAGGAAGAGUCUGGCUAUUGUGGAUGAGCGUUUGGGAGGGACUGUCCCCGACAGAGAAAUCGCUGAGAUGAAAGCUCGUCUUUUCCUCAAUCUGGGUAUCGUCUGUGAUCACCUGGGGGAGUCCAAACAUUGCAGCGAGUUCAUCCGACGCAGCGUCUUCAUUGCCGUAAAGAGCCAGCUGCUGGAGGAUCUCUACCGGGCAAACUUCAACCUGGGUAACAUCUAUUUCCGUAACGGCGAGCACUCCAACGCCGUGCGGUGCUUGGAGCAGGCCAAAGAGUGCGCCAGGAAGAUGAAGGAUAAAUUCAUUGAGAGCGAGUGCUUUCACUGCAUCGGCAAGGUGCAGCUGUCUCUCGGGGAUUUUGUAGCAGCCAGACGAUCCUUGAAGAAGGCCCUCCAGCUGGGAUCCCAGCAACCACAGGACAGAAUGGCUGUAAAGAAAGCCUUCAAAUACGCUGACCGGGGUUGUAAAUUAGAGGAAGACUUGGGUGAAGAUCAGGGCAAGAGGCUGGGCCCUCGUCAGGCCGUGGAGCUGGCGGAGCAGCUGGGGGACCUUUGCUGUAAGGUCGGAUGCUACAGCAAAGCUGUGGAUGCCUACCAAGCUCAACUGAAGGGAGCUGAAGAGAUGGGAAAGCCUGCCAGGGAACUGGCCGUCAUCCACGUCUCUCUAGCCGCCACGUACACGGAUCUGAGGCGGCACGGCAAAGCGGUGGAGCACUACAGGAAGGAGCUGGCUUUACGACAGGGAAAUUCUGUCGAGGAGUGUAAAACAUGGCUGAACAUCGCAGCAAGUCAGGAGGACAGUGGCUGCCCCCUUGAGGGCGUUGAGAGCAGCUACAGCUCUGCGCUCAGGUGUGCUCAGGUGGCAGAGCUCAAAAGACUGCAAAAACGAGUGCUGAGACUUUGGCUGGCGUAUCAGAGGCGAAGCGGCGCGGCGACUGCUGGUGACACUGAAGCGAGGCUGCAGGAGCUGUGUGCCUCUGAGGGCUGGAACCCAGAUGGGAGUGAUGGUGAAGAGGAGGACGAAGAGGAGAUGGACAACAGUGAACCUUUGGAUGACAGUGACGUCCUUCUGUCAGACUCAGAUGAGGAUCUAGAGGGUUACGAGAAGAUGGUCUCGGGAAAAAGGAGGACAGGAAGGUGGAACAAGAGGAAUGAAAAGGGAGAGACGUCUCUCCACAGAGCAUGUAUAGAUGGAAACUUGAAGCAGGUUCAAUACCUGAUUGAACAGGGUCACCCGGUGAACCCCAGGGACUACUGCGGGUGGACCCCCCUACAUGAAGCCUGCAACCAUGGUCACUAUGACGUUGUUGCUGUGCUGCUGGAGCGAGGGGCAAACAUCAACGACGCCGGCGGCCCCCUGUGCGAGGGGGUGACUCCUCUGCACGACGCCCUCACGUGUGGCAACUUUCGAGUUGCAAGGCUGUUGGUGGAGCGAGGAGCCGCGGUCACACUGCAGAACUCUAAGGGGGAAACCGCUUUGGACACCCUGCGUAAGUGGCAGAGGACCUACAGCAGAGAGCUGGACGAUGACACCCGGCAGGAGUGUGCAGCCACGGAGAAGCUCCUCAGGAAGGCGCUGGCUGGUGGAGUACCAGCAGCUCCGGCCCCAGCCAAGCCUUUCGACGCCCUGCAGGACAGCCAGCUGUUCGAUGCGGAGAACUCUGAGCCUCUUUCCGCCUCUAGGGGGAGCUGUUCUUCAAGCCAAGACUGUUCUAGGACCGGGAGAGCGGUACCCAUCAGCCCCAAACGGCGGCAGAAUUUUGGCUCAUCUCUGAGGCACAGAGCCAGAGGAGCAGAGACGGCUCUUCUGUACGGGAUUGACAGCAGCAGCAGCUCAGAUGACAGCGACUGUCCAGUCAGCCCUCUGCGACCCGUCCGUCCCAGACAUCCUCACCCAGCAGCCCCCAGUCAGAACAACCAGGAGACCGCCGCAGUGGCAAGCUCGGCGCGAGAAAAUAACCCUGCUCCGUCCGUGUUCGGUCGGGAGGAGUACCACAGCGCCAUCCGUGGGUUAGGCAGCGCCAAAACGCGUCUCUAUGCUCACUCACAGCCUCAGUUAUCUGCCAGCGCCGCCGCCUCAUCCGGCAGCAGAUCGGCGCUGGUACCAGAGGAUGAGUAUGUGGCUGACGAUUGGCUGGAAGACGAUGUGGGGGAAAUGCAGCCGAAGAAGAAGAGGAGACUCAGGGAGUCCAACGGAGAAGAAACUUCUGUGAAAAAUCAAAACAAGCAAUUCAUCUCAGAACCUGCCAGCAAAGUGACCACCUCCUCCUCUUCGUCCUCCUCCUCCUCCUCCAGCCGCAGCCUCUCCCAGAGACGGAACGGCGUGCCGAAGCCUCAUCAGGUCAAAAUGACGCAGAUGCCGGGGAUGGUCAGGUUAGGUCGCCGUGAGGUGAGCAGGCCGCUCAGCCCCACCGUUGCAGAUGAGGACUUCAUGGCGGAGACGCCCUCACCGCCUCCACAAGUACACAUUCAGCUUCCAGCACCGUCUGCGGCGGCCUCCAUGCCUGCAUGUCUGCCUCCUCCAAUCAGAAUGAGAGUCAGGGUCCAGGAGGACGUGUUCCUCAUCCCCGUCCCACAAAGUGAGGCGGUAACCGUGUGGUGGCUAUGCGAGCAGGCGGCUCAGCGCUACUACCAGAAAUGUGGGCUCCUGCCUCGCCUCUCGCUGCAGAAAGAAGGCGCCCUGCUCUCCCCCCAGGACCCGCUACUGUCCGUCCUGCAAACCAAUGAAGAGGUUCUGGCUGAAGUCUGCUCCUGGGAUCUGCCUCCCCUCCCUGAGCGCUACAAGAAGGCCUGCCAGAGUCUGUCAGUGGAUGAGAACAGGCGCGUGACCCGGCUGUGCGAGGCUCAGGACGGCAGCUCAUCGGUGUCGCUGUGCGGCCUCAGUUUGUCUCCCUCUUCCCUUAACCCGCUCCUGCGAGCCCUCAAGCUCCAAGACAACCUCACCGAGCUGCGCCUCUCCGGCAAUCGCCUAUCUGACACCCUGUUUCCUGAACUGGUAGCUGCGGCAGCCACCACGCCCCGACUCCGACUGCUGGACAUUUCUGCCAAUUCCGUGACGGGAGAGGGGCUGGAAAAGGCCGUGGAUGCUCUGAAGGGACAAAGCCAUUCUGCAUUUCCGUGUCUGGAGGAGCUGGAUCUCAGCAUGAACCCUCUGGGGGACGGUGUGUCCGAGUCUCUGUCCUGUCUGCUGUCCAGAUGCCCCCUGCUUACCAAGCUGUCUCUGCAGGCCUGCGGCCUCACCGCUCGUUUCCUGCAGCAGCAUCGCCUGCUGCUCGCUGGCGCUCUUGCAGCUUCGGACCAUCUAAAAUCUAUAUGCCUAUCCCACAAUGCACUGGGCUCCACUGGCUUUGAGCUGGUCCUGAAGACUCUGCCCUUGCAUUGUCUCACACACCUGGACCUGUCUGCUGUCCGCAGAGGUCUUACAGACGGCCCGGCACUGGAACACCUCGCCAAAGUCCUGACCCAGGACUGUACUCUCAUCCAGCUGAGUCUGGCAGCAAAUGGCUUGACUGACAGCAGCGUUUCCGCCUUAGCCAGGUGCCUGCUGUCGUGUCCGACCUUAUCAAGCCUCGACCUGUCAGGAAACCCGUCUGUGACAUCGGCGGGACUUAACUGCCUGCUCGCAUCCUUGAGAGAGGCUUCCCGACCGCUGAGUCUUCUAAACCUUAAAGGUUGUCAGGUGUCAGGCCCAUGGAGCAGUACAGACCUAGAGGAUUUAGCGGAGCUGGUCCAGGAUCUCCAUCUUUGCUCUCAGGGCCUCAACAAACUGGACCGCGACGUCUUAAAGCAAAUCUGGGACAGGGGUCAGCCACAGGGACGCUUCCUGGACAGAAACUCCAAAUUCCUGCUUUCUGCUGCAGCCUCCACAUGAUCAUCUCAUCAUGGUUUUUUAUAUUUGGAAUCCAUCAAGUUAUCUCUAUAGUGUUUUUGCCUUCCUUAUUUAUACAAGUAAAGACUGUUCUCAACCCAAUCAAUGAUUGUGACCAGAAUUAAAGAACAAUUAAAGGAGCUCAUGUCCAGUUUGA